AUGAACAUCGAUGAUCGAUCGUGGCCUGAUCUCGUAGGUAAACCAUAUGAAGAAGUUGUUGAAGAGAUUAAAAAGGAGGCUCCAGCACCUUAUCUACGCUAUGGAAAUUUGAGUGAGAAUGUAAAAUGGAUGCAAAAUGGUGUCACUGUCGCUGGGGGAAAUGCAUACGGUAGUGAAAUGAAUCAACUCAGCAAUGCAUAUGGUUUGUGUCUGGAUGAUGAUCAAACUAUCUACAUUGCUGAAUACAGCAAUAAUCGUAUUGUAGAAUGGAAAUAUGGUGCGACGACAGGUCGAGUUGUGGCUGGUGGAAAUGGAUGUGGAAACCGCCCUAAUCAGCUUUAUUGUCCGACAGAUGUGAUUAUUGAUAAAGAAAGAGAUAGUCUCAUUAUUUGUGAUUAUGUAAAUAGAAGAGUAGUUCGAUGGCCUCGUCAAAAUGGUACAAAGGGAGAAAUAAUCAUCUCAGGUGUUUUAUGUUGGGGCUUGACAAUGGACAAUGAUAGAUUUCUCUAUAUCGUUGAUUACGAUAAACAUGAAGUGAAACGAUAUCGAAUGGAAGAAAACCAAGGAACAGUCGUUGCAGGUGGAAAUGGACAAGGAAAUCGUCUUGAUCAAUUGAAUAAACCGACGUACAUAUUCGUCGAUGGAGAUCAUUCAGUAUAUGUAUCAGAUUUCAGCAACAAUCGUGUGAUGAAAUGGAUGAAAGGUGCGAAACAAGGCAUUGUUGUGGCUGGCGGUCAAGGUGAAGGAAACAGCCUUACGCAAUUAUCGAACCCUCUUGGAAUUGUCGUGGAUCAAUCAGUUGAUCUUGUAUGUGUAACAAAUGGUGAAGGUGGUUUUGCACAUGCUGGAGCAUCGGAAUUGCUCUAUAGCAAUCUAAAAUUAUCGGAAGAAGCUAUCGAUUUAAAGAAUAGUCGAAACAUCGAAUCAAUUUUUGCUAAGCAAUGGGACAAGGAAUGGAUCAUUGAGCAAUUUCAGCGAACGAUAAAGAAUGGUAAUAGUGUUAGUGGUUACGAUUUAAUGCUUAUCAUGCUUCCAAACAUCGAUUCGCAUGAUCAUCACACAGCAUCUGAUCUACUUGCACUCGAAGCUAUUGAUCGUCUACAACGACUAUGUUCAGUAAAUAUAACCAUACCGACAGUAAUUGGCUGCUCAGAGUUUGUAUUAACUGAACCGCCUAUUUAUCCUGAAAAUCCACUUGUUGAACUUCCCACAAAUGUAACAUCAUUUGAAUUUCGUUUCAACCUAAAAUGGAAAGUGAGCAAUUCGUUCAUUGUCGACUAUCAGACGAUUCUUCUUUGGUUAGCUGCUGAGCAUAAAUACCAAGGUGGUCUUAUCAUGAAAAUAUUGUCGGAACACAAUCCUGUUAAUGAACAAUACUUUUAUUUUGCCAUAAAUGAACGAUAUGGUAAUGGUACACGUUUCCCUAUAGUCCAAAAUUUAUUCACUCAACUUGCCAACAUACAUCAAAAAUGA